CAGCUAUUACCGCGAAAGGCCACCUCGGCAGCGACAGCCCGGGAGGGAGGUGAAGGUCGGCCUGCUUUUCUGCACUCCCGGGCUGGGCAAGAGAGUGAAAGAAGAGUGAAGAGAGUGUGAGACCGGGCCAUUGCCUCGCGGCUCUAGCCGCUCUCCCUCCCCGACCUGCCCCGCUUGUUUGGAUUUAAUCUUCAGGUUGCCGGCGCCCGCCCGCCGGCCUCGCGGAGUGAGGGGAAGCACCCGAGCCUGUGGCUGGCGCCUGCCGAGUCCGGACACCACCCGUCCUCUUCGCUUGCCCGCGGCAGCCGCGUCCCUGAACCGCGGGGUCGUGUUUGUGUUUGACUCGCGGGCGCCGGCAGCGGGGCGCGCGGCCGAGGCCAGUGCCGGCGGGGCGGGGCGGGGCGGGCGCGGCGGAGGCGGAGGAAGAGGGAGCAGGAUCCCUGGGAGGCAGGGCGCCGCCAUGGAACUGGGCCCGGAGCCCCCGCACCGCCGCCGCUUGCUCUUCGCCUGCAGCCCCCCUCCCGCACCUCAGCCCGUCGUGAAGGCGCUGUUCAGCACGCCAGCCGCCGGGGGCCUGUCGCCUGUCACCAACCUGACGGUCACCAUGGACCAGCUGCAGGGACUGGGCAGUGAGUAUGAACAGCCACUGGAGGUGAGGAAUAGCAGUCUGCAGAGAAUGGGCUCCUCCGAAUCAACUGAUUCAGGCUUCUGUCUGGAUUCUCCUGGGCCCUUGGAUAGUAAAGAAAACCUUGAAAAUUCCAUGAGGAGAAUAAAUUCCCUGCCUCAGAAGCUCUUGGGGUGUAGCCCAGCUCUGAAGAGGAGCCAUUCUGAUUCUCUUGACCAUGAUGUCUUUCAGCUAAUUGACCAGGAUGAGAACAAGGAAAACGAAGCCUUUGAGUUUAAGAAGCCAGUAAGACCUGCAUCUCGAGGCUGCCUGCAUGCUCAUGGACUGCAGGAGGGUAAAGAUCUCUUCACACAGAGGCAGAACUCUGCCCCAGCUCGGAUGCUUUCCUCAAACGAAAGAGAUGGCAGUGAACCAGGGCAUUUCACUCCUUUUUUUAUGCCCCAGUCACCUGUGACUGCCACUUUGUCUGAUGAGGAUGAUGGCUUCAUGGAUCUUCUCGAUGGAGAGAAUCUGAAGAAUGAUGAAGAGACGCCGUCCUGCAUGGCAAGCCUCUGGACAGCUCCCCUUGUCAUGAGAAGAACUACAAACCUGGGCAAUCGUUGCAAGCUGUUUGACUCCCCUUCCACGUGUAGCUCCACCAUCCUGUCAACGUUGAAAAGAACAGACCGAUCGCAAGAGGAGUCCCCACGUGGAAAUAGGAAGCGGAGGAAGAGCGUGGCUGGGGCCAGUCCCGAAGAGGCAGCUAGUCCAAAGAAGCCCCAGGAGAUUCUACAUCAGUCUUUAUCCCUGGUAUCUUCCCCAAAAGGGACCAUUGAGAAUAUUUUGGAUAAUGACCCAAGGGACCUUAUAGGAGACUUCUCCAAGUGUUACCUCUUUCAUACAGUUGCUGGAAAGCAUCAGGAUUUAAAAUACAUCUCUCCAGAAAUUAUAGCGUCUGUUUUGAGUGGCAAGUUUGCCAACCUCAUUAAAGAGUUUGUUAUCAUUGACUGCCGAUACCCAUAUGAAUAUGAGGGAGGCCACAUCAAGGGUGCAGUGAACUUGCACAUGGAAGAGGAGGUUGAAGACUUCUUACUCAAGAAGCCCAUCGUACCUACGGAUGGCAAGCGUGUCAUCGUGGUGUUCCACUGCGAGUUUUCUUCUGAGCGAGGCCCUCGCAUGUGCCGAUAUGUGAGAGAGAGAGAUCGGCUUGGUAACGAGUACCCCAAACUCCACUACCCGGAGCUGUAUGUCCUGAAGGGCGGAUAUAAGGAGUUCUUCCUGAAAUGCCAGUCUCACUGCGAGCCCCCCAGUUACCGGCCCAUGCACCACGAGGACUUUAAAGAAGACCUGAAGAAGUUCCGCACCAAGAGCCGGACCUGGGCCGGGGAAAAGAGCAAGAGAGAGAUGUAUAGCCGUCUGAAGAAGCUCUGAAGGUCUCAGUGCCAGACAGCAGCAGCCUGAGCCUCCCUCCCUACCCCCCUCCCCUCUUUGCUGCAGAGAAACUUGAGCAAAGGGGCCAGCCGUGUGACAUUUGGAGAGAAGGCCUGAGGCUUCCAUGUCUUAAACCUGCCUCCCACUCUCCCAGGGUUGGAGCCCAGAGCAUCCUGCUGGCUCUUCUGUCCCUGUAAGUCGUCCUCCUUCUGCAACAGGACGGUCUGCCAAGGCUGUCACGUGCCACAGCACAGUUCCAAGCACCAAGUCAAGAUGUUCUGACUCCUCAUCCCCCACAGCUGGAUGAGCUGCCUGGGCCUCGUUGGGUACUGGCCUUCUCUCCUGAGGGGAGGGGUAGGAGAGUCUGAGUGGAGAGGAGACUCACAAAUGCUGCUGGCCAAAUACCAAAGACGGCCUGCGAAGGAAAGGUCUUUGUGGGAUAACCCAUAUCAUUAAUUUAUUCAACUUCAUCAGUCACUUUCUUUUCUUUCUUUUUUUGUAAUCAACUCCUGGAGACUUUUAUUUAACUGCUUCUUUAAGUUACAAUACUGCCAUCCUAGGUGGGGUUUUAUCAUCCCAGGGACUACCUCUGCCUUUAAUUUUUAAAAAAAAAAGAAAAAGGGAGGGGGAAGAAGAGGGACAUGAGUUGUGGGACAGAGAACUAGGCACUCUGUCACCCCCAGGAGGCGCUGCAGUACUGGGGCUGCUGCUAUUUACAGCCAAGGACUGAGAUACUGGUGGGAGCAGGCCCCAGACUCAGGCUUGGCUACAGGACAUAAGCUAAACCUCCCAGACCUACCUCGAAGGCCCCUGAGAUCUACUGGGGUGACCCUGCUUGCUGUGAUGUUGCUGGUCUAGGAGUCACGGUCAGGAAAGCACUUGAGGCGGCUUCCAUUGGGCCACCCCCAGGUCAGUGUUGGAACAUGGUAGAGCAGGGAUCCCAGUGUAGGCGGGCAGGGAUGGGGGGCUCUGCCAGAUAAGGGAAGGGAGUAUAUAUUGAGUGUCUUUCUUCUAUUACUCUGAUACUCUUUGAUCGCUUCUAUUUUAAUUUUUUUAAAAUAGUCAUUUUAUGAUCAAGGAGUAUCAAAUCAGUGUUGGCUGGGCUACCCAAGGCUGGGGAGAGGGGCUGGAAGCUCUGGGCAUUAGAAGGGAGUGGGUGCUGGCAGAGAUGACUAUAGAAUGUGUUUCUCAGGAGGCAGCGUGGUGGAUUUUGAAGGUAAAACUUUGAGUUUAUCAUGUUUCAAUUUGAGGGACAGGGAGAGAUGGAUCAUCACCAGUUGCCCCUCAUCUCAUCCCACAGAAGUGGGGGUCUCAAAGGAACACCUCCCAGGGAGCUGGGGCUGAGUUGAUUGAUUCUAGACAGGCCUGUUUGGUUCCUGUUCAUCCCCACCCUUAGGUGCUGGCUUCCUCACCAUCUUUGUUCCAUUGGGGUAUAGCGAAGUUUUUCUUAUAUAGCAGAUUCAGUCUCCCCUCUUGCCCCGGCUUCCUGUUCUGGGGGCGGGGAGAGAAUCAGUGAUACUGGAGAUGACUGGUUGCUGUGUUAUGGGUUUGAGUUGCAUUUGACUAUAAAACAAUCUUGUUAGAAAAAGUAUGUGGGAAGGAGGGGAGCAGGGGGAGAAGGCCUCUUCCCCCACACACAUUGAGACACAUCUUAAUUAGUCUGUAAUCUUUAUUGUAGGGAUUCUGUUGGUUGAAUGCCUGAAAAGGGAGGUGGGAUGGCCUUUAGAAUGUACCAGCUUAGUAACAUUGGUAACCAACUGUUGCAGGCUCUGAAAAUAAAAACAAUCUUGAACCCAUGCUCUCUGCCUACUUCAUAAUGUAUUUAAAGGGAAUUGUGAGUCCCUUUAAAAGUUCUGGGACCACACUUGACUAAAACCAGAGGCUGGGGCAGCGACAUUUCCUUAAGAGGCCAAAGAGCUGUCAUGUGGCCUGGCGUCAGGGAUGGCCAGAUGACCUUCACUUAUUACUCUGAAUCCAAAAACAAACUUGUGAUUCAGGUUGAUUUACAAGAUGCAGUAGGGACAUGAAAAGCCUGCCUGAACCUCUGACAUUCUCUUACGAGAUGUAUUAAUUCAUAGGAUUGAGCAACAGACCAAAGGAGGGACCACUGUAAAGGAGAUAGGAGUUUCAGUUGUGUUCUGAAGGAGCCAGAGAGGAUACUGCAGAAGGAAAUCAGGCAGAUGGUGAGUCACGGGCCCACAUGCAACCAGAGAAACUUGGACCUGUAAUGCUGGGGGCUAUUGCCAGAAUGGAUACCAGCUGGAGCAAAAGUCUAUUACAAAAUAGAGUGGUGCCGAGAUAGCAAGUAAUUUGUGUUCUUUUUUUUUUUUUUGGGCUGUACCACGUGGCUUGUGCGAUCUUAGUUUCCCGACCAGGGAUGGAACACAGGCCCUCAGCAGUGAAAGCGUGGAGUCCUAACCACUGGACACCAGGGAAUUCCCUCAAGCUUCAUUUAGACAUAGUCCCCUUCUGAUUUGCCUCUAUAGUAGAGGCAUUAUUCCAGCCUUUAAAAAAAAAUUAUAAGACAGUGUGUGAAGAAAGGAAGUCCCCUGUGAUACCAACCUCCAGUGAGUGUUACUGUUAACGUGCUCAUAAAGAUUUGGAGGGGAGAGCACUAUCUCCCUCAUCUCCCCACUUCCUCUCCCAGAUGGUUUAUUAACCCUUCCAAAGAGACACUGCAUGUCUAAGCACGGCCACCCUACUCUACUCAACUUUCGUCACACCAUUUUUUUAAACAGUAUAUAUAUGUAGGUAUAUAUACAUGUACAUAUAUAAAGAGAGUUAUGUACAAUAUCUAGAGGUGAUUUUCAACUGCAUAUAAAAUCACAUGGCUGUACUCUGUUUAACCCAUCCCAUAUCACAGUACCUUCCCAAAGACAAGACUCCAUAUUCCUAAUGAGAAGAUUCGAAAGUUUUGAUUAGUUAGACCACAAACUAAGUUUCAUGGCGGAAAUAGCUAAAUAUCUACUAUAGCUAUAAAUAUAUUAUUUGUACACAUUUAAAAGCAUAUAAAUGUUAAUUUAGAUAUGCUGCUUUUUCUCAAUCUUUCAGAAUGAAUUGUUAUUUAAACUCUUCAACAUCUAUUUCUGUAUCAUGGGCUAUUUCUGUAUCGUGUAUUUGAGGUGAUACAGUACUUUUCUAAUUCAUUUAUGAAAAACUUUAUGCCAAAACCAGCUAUCCUUUCUUGUAAUUAGGGUUUUUUCAUUUGUCACGUCAGUGUAUAUUUAUGAUUUCUACAAGAUCACUACCUUUUUUAAUCAUGAGGAAUUUCAAACAUAAAAGUAGAAUAAGAAGCCCCUUUUCUGCGCAUCACACAGCUUCAACAUCUACUCAGAGCAAGUCUUGUUUCUCUUCUUCACCUCACCCCAUUUUGCUUUUUAAAUUUACUUUGAGGGAAUUCCCUGGUGGUCCAGUGGUUAGGGCUCCGCAUUUCCACUGCAGGGGCCAGGGGUACGAUCCCUGGUUGGAGAACUAAGAUCCCGCAAGCCACACGGUAAUACUUCUGGAUUGUUGCCAAAGCUAGCUGGUCUCCUGUCUGGCCCGUUGUUGCCACAGUCACCUUGCUAAAAUGAAUAAUUCGUUCAAACCAUUCUUCCUUGAGAAUUUAGUGUUUCUUUGCCUAUAAAAUGAAACCUGAACUCUAGCCCAUGUGCUAAGAUAUAACCCCAGCCUUAUCUGUGUUCAUAUGAAGCUCCAAUAACAGGGUGGUAUUCUGUUUUCCAGAAUGCACCCUGCCCUCUGAACCUUGCUUGUUAGAGCUGGAAGCCUGCCAUGCAGAAAGUUUACAUUUACUAUUAAAAAAAAAAAAAAAACCUAAUGGGCACCCACAAGGUUAUGGGCUGGUUAACUGAAAACCUUCAGCAAAAAAACUCAUUAAAAAAUUUGAGGACAACUGUGUGCAAGGCGUGAUCCCUUGGUUCAGAUAAGAAUUUUUAAAGGACACAAGGAUGUAUAAAAAAUAAUUAAACACUCAUAUUCCGCACACAGCUUAAGAGUAAACAGCAUGGCUGAAGCCCGCCCCCCCUGCCUACCCCAGCUUUGUUAUAAACCCUCUAGUCUUCCUGCAUCCUCCUCAAGGUAACCAUUAUCCUUCACUGGCAUGACUGUUUCCUAAGCAAGAAGAUACAGAAUAGUUUUUCAUGUUUAAAACUUCUACAUAAGUCUCUCCAUUUUGUGCGCAUUCAUCUGCAACUCUGGCUUUUACUACUCUGCUUCUCACACUAAACCACAUGAGGGCACUUUGCUCCAGGAAGGUCAAAACAUGGGUCAAUAGUGACUCGCUGGGCCAACCACUCCUGGGGAUGAAACUGCAAGUAAGCCACUUCUUCUCUGGGGCCUUUUCUCAUGGAUCACAAAGGGCAUUUGAAGUAGAUGUUUCCCUGUGGCCACCCCUGUCCCACAUUCUGUGGCUCAGGUAUUUGGAUGGCCCUUUGGAUACCCCAGUACCCACUUCAGGAUCUACUGGGAAGAAGUACCUCUGUGGAAGAAGAGCUGGUUUUUUACAUGCCCAUUCAACAGACAUUCAAAUUGUUCCCGGCACUGCAGAUAAGGAGGUGUGUGAGAUGCAGGCUUUCCCUCAAGGAGCUCACCAACUAAUGGGAGGAGGAGCCCCUUAAAGAUCAGGAGCCCUUGGGAGUAACACUUGCAUGUAACUGAAGCUAGGAUAAGAGACAGGUUCAGAGGAGAUGGCGCCCAAGAGGAGUGGCAGGAAGCACACCACAGAAGUGACCAUUAAGCCUAAUCUCGAGUAGAAGUCUCAGGAGAGAGAGGGCAUUCCAGGAAGAAGGACUAAAUGGUACAAAGGUGACAGCAUACCCUCAUGAACGUAGGUGAGGUAAGAAUGAAGUUUGGGGGUCAGGGGUGGUAGAGAGGGACACUCCUUCAAUAUGGAGCUGAGAGGUCUGCUUCAGGGAUCUCUGAGAGCAGGACUUCUCAGACUUAGCAGAAGAAACACUUGGGGAACAUGUUAAAAUGCAGGUUCUGAUUCUGUAGGGCUGGGGCCUGAGAUUCUGCAUUUCUAACAAGCUCCUGAUGCUGCAGGUCCUUGGACCACACUUUAAACAGCCAGCUUGUGU